UGUAGCUCCUAGUCUGUUACUUUGUUAGGUUACCUGGCUUAUUUCGAUUUUCUUUUCUUUAUCUUUGAGGGAGGGGUGGAUAUGCAAGCUCAAGAGGAAUUUGAUCAUCAAGGCUUGGUCAUAAAAGGCAAGCGUACCAAGCGUCAAAGGUCGUCGUCCCUGUUUGGCCUCACUGUGACUUCUAGCUCGUCCAGUGCUUGCGGAGGUGACGGCGUGGCGGAGGAAUAUAACUCCAUAUCGUCUCCGGUGACUUCCGAUGAGAUUUAUGAGAGCACCGAGGAGGAGGAAGACAUGGCUAAUUGCUUGAUCAUGUUAGCACAAAGUGAUGGUCCGAAAAGGAGGAAUAUUGAUGAGAAAUUCGAGAUGGUUACUGCGAUGACAAACAAGGGUGGAGCUUAUGCUUACGAGUGUAAAACUUGUAACCGAUCGUUCCCAUCGUUUCAAGCACUAGGAGGGCAUAGGGCAAGCCACAAGAAGCCCAAGGCAGGCAUGGCGGAUGAGAAUAAACCACUUGUUUCUGCGGUCAAAGAUCAGGCUGUUGAAGACGCUGAUCAAUUCAACAGAGAAAAUCCUGCAAUUGUUGCUUUACAGGUAAGCAAGGGUAAUAAGAUUCACGAGUGUUCAAUCUGUGGCUCUGAAUUCUCGUCCGGUCAAGCCCUUGGAGGCCACAUGAGACGGCACAGGGCGGCGGCUGCCAGCAAUCAAGCUGCCGUGAGUGUUGAUACUACUAGCAGUCCAACUGAGUCCAACAGUGGCGAUGGAAUCAAGCCUAGAAAUAUUCUAUCACUGGAUCUUAAUCUCCCUGCACCAGAAGAUGAUCCAAUAGAAUCCAAGUUCCAAUUCGGAGCACCCCAACAAGCUAUUGUUUUCUCCACACCAGCUUUGGUAGAUUGCCAUUACUAAAUCCAAAAAAAAAAAAAACUCCUGAAUCAAUAUAAUUAGUAUUAUUUCAAUUCAAUACUAUUUGCAA